AUGGCGUCGAAGGCUUCGCCUUCAGCUUCUGCCAAUAGAUCGGAGCCUCACCAGGAACCUCCGAUGACAGCAUCACAAGAAAACAUGGAUGUAACCCGGAAGGAGAUUUCAUUGAUCAUAGAUUCCCUAAAGAAGCAAGUUGUUUCUAACCGGGGUACUUCCAUUAAGAAAAGAAUGGAGGAAAACAGGCAGAGGUUGGCUGGUGUCACUAGCAAUUUGUAUAAAUUGUCAAUGGAAAGAGGAAGUAAUAGGUUUAUUGAUAUUGGCAAAAGUGUAGAUCUAUUGACAAAGAGGCAAAAAGAUGCAUUUGCCUUGCAAAAUGGAAUUGAUGUAAGUAAGGAUGGCUCUCAAGAAGAUGGCCAUGGGUCCACAGCAGUUCUUCUAGAAUCUAAUGUUGCAGUCAAGAGUUCUGUUCGUCCUAUCAAGCUUCCGGAAGUUAAAAGACUACCUCCUUAUACUACAUGGAUAUUUUUGGACAGAAACCAAAGGAUGACAGAGGAUCAGUCAGUGUUAGGUCGAAGAAGAAUUUAUUAUGAUCAAAAUGGAGGUGAAGCUCUUAUAUGUAGUGAUAGUGAGGAGGAGGCAGUUGAUGAAGAAGAUGAAAAGAGGGACUUUGUUGAAUCUGAAGACUACAUACUUAGCAUGGCUAUAAAAGAAGUUGGCUUCUCUGAUCCAGUGCUGGAGUCAUUAGCACAGUGUUUCUCUAGAAGUCCUUCUGAAGUCAAGGCAAGAUAUGAUACUCUCGUAAAGGAAGAGGAGGCUGUGGGGGGUUGUAAAACUACGGAUAAUGAAGACAUUUCACAAAAUGGGAAUUAUUUUCUUGAUAAAGAUCUAGAUGCAGCUCUGGAUUCAUUUGACAACCUAUUUUGUCGUCGAUGCCUUGUGUUUGAUUGCAGAUUACAUGGAUGUUCACAGGAUCUUGUCUUUCCUGCUGAGAAACAACCUUCUUGGAGCUCUCCGGAUGCCGAAAAUGCAUCAUGUGGUCCAAAUUGCUAUCGAUCAGUACUGAAAUCUGAAAGAAUUGCUAGAGUGAGCUCUGGUGAUGUUGAAGAAAAAAAUGUCACAUCAUUAGAUGGUGCUCAAAUGUCAACGAGAAAGAAGUCUUCUGUUAUAUCUGCUAGAAAGAAGGUAAAGUCUGGCCAAAGUGAAAGUGCUUCAUCUAAUGCAAAAGCCAUCUCAGAAAGCAGUGAUUCAGAGAAUGGACCCAGGCAGGAUGCUACUCAUCAUCAAACACCCUCAAAGACUAAGCUAGCAGGAAAAAGUGGAAUUGGCAAGAGGAACAGCAAGAGAGUUGCAGAGCGUGUUCUAGUUUGCAUGCAGAAGAGGCAGAAGAAAAUGGUGGUUUCUGAUUCUGAUUCCAUUGUUAAUGCUGGUCUUUGUCCAAGUGAUAUGAAGCUUAGAUCAAAUUCAUGCAAAGAUAAUGAAGACACUAGUUCUUCUUCACAAAAGAAUCUGAAAUCUUCUACCAGUGGAGGGUUUAGGAGGAAGGAAUCACCUACUAAGGGCAGACACAAAGUAGUUCAGGUCGAUGUUCUUGAUGGUUCAUCAGAUGAGAUAAUCGCUGAUCCACCUGGUACUAGUAGUGAUGACAAUUUGAGGAAAGAAGAGUGUGUGGAUGAAAACAUUUAUAAACAAGAAUUAAGUGAUGAUAAAACAUGGAAAACUAUUGAAAAAGGCCUUUUCGAUAAAGGCAUAGAGAUUUUUGGCAGGAACAGCUGUUUAAUAGCAAGGAACCUUUUAAAUGGUAUGAAAAAUUGCUGGGAGGUUUUUCAGUAUAUGAAUUACUCAGAGAGUAAGAUGUCCUGCCAAGAAGGUGAUGCUGCAAAUUCCCUUGUUGAAGGACAUUCCAAGGGUAAUAAUGAAGCAAGAAGAAGAUCAAGAUUUUUACGUAGAAGGGGUAGAGUUCGUCGCUUGAAGUAUACUUGGAAAUCUGCUGCUUACCAUUCUAUCAGGAAACGAAUUACUGAGAGAAAAGAUCAGCCUUGCAGGCAGUAUAAUCCAUGUACUUGCCAAACAGCUUGUGGAAAGCAGUGUUCUUGUCUACAAAAUGGGACUUGUUGCGAGAAGUACUGUGGGUGUCCUAAGACUUGCAAGAAUAGAUUUAGGGGCUGUCAUUGUGCGAAAAGUCAAUGCCGGAGUCGUCAGUGCCCCUGCUUUGCUGCGGACAGGGAAUGUGAUCCGGAUGUUUGUAGGAAUUGCUGGGUCAGUUGCGGUGAUGGGUCCCUUGGGGUUCCAAACCAAAGAGGUGACAAUUAUGAGUGUAGAAAUAUGAAGCUACUUCUGAAACAACAACAGAGGGUCUUACUUGGAAGAUCUGACGUAUCUGGCUGGGGUGCUUUCUUAAAGAAUAGCGUCGGCAAGCAUGAAUACCUUGGUGAGUAUACUGGGGAGUUGAUCUCACAUCGGGAAGCAGAUAAGCGUGGAAAAAUAUAUGACCGUGAAAAUUCAUCAUUUCUCUUCAAUCUGAACGAUCAGUUUGUCCUUGAUGCCUAUCGAAAGGGUGACAAAUUGAAGUUUGCCAACCAUGCUCCAGAUCCGAAUUGUUAUGCAAAGGUCAUUAUGGUUGCUGGAGAUCAUAGGGUGGGCAUAUUUGCCAAGGAACGGAUUACUGCAGGAGAGGAACUUUUCUACGAUUAUCGUUAUGAGCCGGAUAGAGCUCCUGCCUGGGCUCGGAAGCCUGAGGCAUCGGGAUCCAAGAAGGAUGACGGUGCUCCUUCAAGUGGUCGUGCAAAGAAGCUUGCUUAA